UUCAAACAACUGUUUUGCCGAAAAUAAAAUGGAGUAAUAAAUACAAAACAUGGUUUUCCCGGUGUCUUCCGAGUUAUCGAGGCAUUGUUGCAUUUCCCCGCGUGGGCUGGGCGGCGAGGUUGUUGGCGGUCUUGUUGUGUCGAGCACCGUGGUAUUUUCUAACAGUGGGCGCGGCACAUAGCUUAUCAGACGGCGUGGACAUGGGGGACGUCGAGGCAUCAGACGGCCUCUCCAGAUCCACGGUCUUCGACAGCAGCGAGGACGGCCCGGUGCUGGACUCGGCCGAGGAGUCGCGGACCGUGGGGCGGCUGGACGAGCCACAGCGGGAGCCGCUGGAGCACACGCGCCUCUGCACGCUGGAGUGCGAGUGGGCCUACAAGGACUCGGUGGAGGGCGAGGCCACCACGCUCAUCCGCUACCAGUCGCCGGCGGCCGGCCUGUCCUGGACGCUUGACGUGCGCGUCGGCGACCCCGAGGACGACGACGACUCGUCGCUGCGGCUGCUGCUGCACAACGUGCAGGCCGAGCGGCCCGAGAACCUCUGCAUCAAGGUGGAGGUCGUCGUGUCGACGAGAUUCGACGCUCGCGCCGCCGUCAAAGGUUCCACGGUCAAGAAGCUGUUCAAGGGUGACGGGGAGCUGCUCGUCGUGGACGAGGUGUCCGAGCUGCACGACGUGAGCUUCGCGGCGCGGGUGUCCACGCACUACCGCAACACGCCGUGCGGGCCGUGCGCCGACUGGGCGCGCCUGCGCAGCAUGCGCGAGCUGGCCGAGGUCACCUUCCUGCUGGGGGACGUGGCCAUCCCGGCGCACAAGCAGGUGCUCUGCGCGCGCAGCCCGGUGUUCCGCAGCAUGUUCACUCUGGACUUCAAGGAGGCCAAGGAGAUGGUGGUGACCGUCGAGGACGCGCCCUGGCCCGAAGCUUUCGAGAAGUUCCUCGAGUACCUUUAUUCGGGGCAGGUGCAAGACUUCGAGCAAAUGGAGCUGCAAGUGAUGUUGAUAGCAGACCGCUACCAAGUAGAAGGCCUCAAAGUCCUAUGCCAAAGGGAAAUGUUCGAUAAGGUGAAUACCGCCAACGUGCUAGAUACGCUCGUCCUGGCAGACAAGGUAAACGCGGUGCUCCUGAAGAAGAACGCUUUGUCGGUCGCGGUGGACAAAAUUGGCGUUGUCAUGACAAGUCCUGCGUGGAAGGAUUUCCACAAGGAACACAACGACCUGGUGGACGACAUGCUCAAAGAAGCGAUCAUGAGAAAUGUGUCAUUUUAAGACAAGUGGUGAAAUGCCCGCCCCUCUUUGUCAAAUGCCAUAUCAUUAACAUACCAGGCGAGUUACUCAUAAAAAAUUGCAGGCCAAGUUACAGUGUUGCCCAUGGCUUUCCAUUGUAAUUAUACGUUGUAUCGCACGUAGGUGGAUUCGUGUGCUGCCUGCUCCAAAAACGAAUCAUGGCGUCCCUGGACUCCUAACAGGCACCAAAUAGGCAGGCAACCCACACGCCUGAAUUGCAGCACAGUAGCCUAAGUGCAGAAUUACAGAAUGUCCAGGGUUCGUGGGCCCUCUUUUAUUUUAACCGCCAAAUUUUCAGUUGUAGUGUAGGGUCCUUGGUGUGUCCAGAAACAUACAAAUACAUUGAUGUUUUUAUAGGGGCCACCCCAAUGGCCGUGUUUCAUCUAUUAUUUAUUUGAGAGAGAAAGAGGUCAGGCAGGGGAGCUGAACGCUUCCAAGUUAAUUUUUUGGUCUUUAGGAACCAUCCAGCUCCAACUCAAGACUCGCGACAGGGGGAAAAUGUUGCCCCCCCCCCCUCACACCACAUUUCACGUAAAAAAAUAGGGGUGAGGAGAGAGAGGUGCCCUCUGGUAGAGACAGUCUUUAGGGGACUGUCUAAAAAAUAGUCCACAGGGCUAAGAACUAGACAGUCCCCUCGGUCAGACCACAAAGCCAAUGCGCACAGUCUUGAGUUGAGCGCAGCUGUAUCGUGGCGGCGCAGGCCACGCAGGCGAAUCGCAUGGAGGGAGCUCUCCGAUCGCCCUCCUGCUGCGCUUUGAGUUAUGCGGCUUCCCCCGCCCCCCACCCCCCUCUUUCCCUGUCCCUCUGUUCUGCCGCCCGCCUCGUGCGGGGAAGGGGCAGUGGUGCCCAAACACUUAGAGAGACUCAGAGAGACUCUGAGUCUCUCUACCAAACAUUCCAGCCCGCCAGCCACACACUCAAGGGCUUGCUCUGAG